AUGGCGCAGGACUAUCAAUUGUACGUUUUGGCAGCGCUUUUCAUCACUCUUAUUGGCAACGUUGCUGGUUUGGAAUUGGAAAAUAUUGUUGGGGGUAAAACAGCAAACAUAAAUGAUAACAACUAUGCAGUUUCAGUACAUAUAAUCAGAGGCCAAAUUUGUAGUGGCGUUCUUAUUGAGGAUGAUGUAGUUUUAACUGCAGCUCAUUGCUUUGACAGGAAUGAAAAAAAAUUCAGUCCUUUUAAAUACCGUGACGAAUCAUAUUUUGUUGUCGCAGGGACGAGCAAAAGUACAGAUCAUACCCACAUGAUAAAUGUGGAGAAAGUUUACCUUCACGCAAGAUACGAAAAGCGUGAAAGAAAUCUUAAUGACAUUGCUGUCUUAAAACUCCAAAAAAAAUUCAAUGUAAUUAACUCUCCGAAUAUUGGUGUAGCACAGUUGCCAAAAAAAGAUAAAAAUUAUAUUGGAAAAAUAGCAAAAGUAUUGGGUUUCGGCGCUGAUGCCGUUAGGUAUCUAGGUAAUGGCAACUGGCAGGCGUCAAACUUUCCUGAUGUAUUGAAACAAGUAAAUGUUACAAUUCUCGAUCAAACAGACUGUGAGGCAGACAUGAAUCAAGGAUUUUUGUGUGGAAAGACUAAAGAGCUUAGAAACCAAGGGGAUCAAGGCGUUUGCGAUCGAAAGUACUUCUACAGAUUUUUCUCCCAAUAA